AUGGGCAAAUACAAUCUCACAGCGCUCCGAGUCCGACAGACGGCGCUCCGACAGAAGGAGGCUGGUAAGACUCACCAGAUCCCGAAAUGGAUUAAUGUCGUGCGCGAUAUACCCCCCGCCCAGGUCCUUGUGCGGAACCAACAACAGCAGCACCAGCUCGUCCGACAGCGUGUGAAAACGCUUCCCGGAGCCUCGAAGCCGCAGGUCGUUUUUGAAGUUCAAGAGAAGCGUGUGAAGCCGAAAAAAGCCAGCCGUAUGUUCCUGCCCACCGAGAUCAAGUACGAAGAGGACCUGUUGCGAAAGGAGUUUUUCCGUGAUCACCCCUGGGAGCUUGCGAGACCCCGAGUUGUGCUUGAAAGUACCGGAAAGGAUUAUGAAAAUUAUGACUGGAGCCGGCUCCAGCAACCAGGCAAGCGAUUGGAUGGUGAGAGCGUCGUCCAGCGUCAGCUCUGGCUCCUUAACAAUGUCCCCGAUAUGACUAAGAGCACCGCCUAUGAUAUUGCGCGCCGUGAAUUCUAUCGUCUACGUCUCCAGGAAGAUAUUGAACGACGAGUCGCUGCCGAAGAAGCCGAGGCCACCGGCGCUACAUUCGGACCUACCCGCCUUGAAGUCGGCAUGGAACUUGAAAACCAAGAAUAUGAACGCUGGAAGGUAUGGGCUAAAUCGGAAGCCCAGGUCCAGGAACAGAGGACAGCAGCCUUUACCGGUGCUCCGGAGAUCCCAAGUACUGAAGCAAGCUUGGGGCUAGAGGAAGGGGCUGAAGAGAGGCAGCCUCAGCAGGCGUAG